AUGAUGCUCUCUCCGCGGCUUCACACGACCCGCCUCCGCGAAGCUCCCCUGUCGUCGCCCGGAGGGAAACGGAGCGGCGUCGCAGAGCCGGCGGCCGCGGGCGUGACGGCCGUCAGUCCGACGAGCGGAGAGGCGCUGGCCACUUUCCUCCACUGCCAGGCGGGCCAGGGGGGGCCGCACAGUCUGGAGGCCUCCUCGAUGUCCUCGUCCACGCAGAGCAGCGCCACUCCUUCGCCCCAGCAACUGUUGCCCGCCGGCCUGAUGUCGCUCGGGCCGGUGGUCUCACCGCCACCGCCACCGUCGCUGGCGCCGCCACCGGCGCCGCCUUCGACGGCGACGACGACGACAACUGCGCCAUCACAUGCACAGUCGCGACUGUUUCGCUCGGCCGCAAAGGCGGCAGCCAUCCGCCAGCUCGGCCGCCACGAGGCGCCUGGCGGCCCGUCUGUCUGUCCGGCCGCGACGCCAGCGGCGAUCGAUUUUGACAGCGAGACGUCGAGUGGACAAACGGCCUCGAUGGCCUUUUGGUCGCAACUGGCUAAUGCGGCCGCCACUGCUGCCGCCAUUGCUUUGGCUGGCUCUGGGACGCCGCCGUCGAACAGACCUGAUUGGCUGUCCGGCCUGGUCGAUGGGACAGGCGACGAAACGGCGGCGGCGGCGGCUGCGGCGACGGCAGCUGCCGCCGCCUGCCUUCGCGGCUGGCAGUCGGCCGGGCCGAGCAUGGUUCAGUACAACCGUGCCGAGCCGAGGCGUGCAGAGCACGUGACAGGCCCGGAGGCAGUCUUCGGGCAUGCUCACGAGCAGACACGCUGUGACACACAAGCGGCUGUGACACUCCUGCACUCUCUCAGUGCGGCCGCAUCUGCAGCCGCUUCUUUUCCCUCCUCCUCCUCCUCGUCCUCUUCUUCCUCAUCCUCAUCUUCAUCUUCCUCCUCCUCCUCCACAUCAUCAUCAUCAUCAUCAUUGCUACUUUCGCGAUCAUCUGCCCCUCUUUCAACUCGACUCGCGCACGUUACCCGCACGGAGAGCCCAAUUAACCGCUGCCUCGCCCAAACUACCGCUUGCCCACCUCCACCACCACCCCCACCACUGCUGCCGCAGACUCGCUCCCCCGUACCCGGCACUCUUCCCAUUGAACAGGGUGACAGCAGCCCCCUCGGUCUGACCGUCUAUCCGCCAGGACUUUCGGAGGUGGCCGAAUUCCAACGUCGACUGGCACAACAUCUGAUCUUUACGCGCAAAGCCCCAUCUCUAGGGCCUAACUACAGCCCAGCGGGAGAGAAAAACAUCGAAAUCGAAUCUCGGCCCAACAACACGGGUUACCAGGACGACAUGGCAGACCGCCAUGGAUCCGGAGCCUUGAGCCUGGCCCAGCAGGCCUCUGAGAUCGCCACGCAGGUGCGCAAAGAAGAGGGGAUUGUGCGCCAACGCGACUGUCCGAGGGUCGAGCUGGUAGACGCCGAGCUCUGGCGCACCUUCCACCAGAUGACCACGGAGAUGGUGAUCACCAAGUCCGGCCGGUAA